AUGGGCCUCAAGAAUCACCGGAGCUCAUCGGUCUUCUAUCCGGCGGUGGUGCUGCUGUGGCUCCGCUGCGCCACUGCAGAAAUCCACUUCCAUGAGUUCGUCGUGCAAGCGACGGCGGCGAAGAGGCUGUGCGAGACCCGCAGCAUCAUCACCGUGAACGGCCAGUACCCCGGUCCGACCAUCGAGGCCCGGAACGGCGACGCCCUCGUCGUCGACGUCGUCAACCGGGCAAAAUACAACGUCACCAUCCACUGGCACGGGAUUCGCCAGUUGAGGACGGCGUGGGCGGACGGGCCGGAGUUCGUGACGCAGUGCCCGAUCCGGCCCGGCGGAAGCUACACGUACCGGUUCAGGAUCGAGGAGCAGGAGGGCACGCUGUGGUGGCACGCGCACAGCUCGUGGCUCAGGGCGACUGUGCACGGAGCCAUCGUCGUCUACCCCAAGCUUGGCUCUUCCUAUCCCUUCCUUAAUCCCGACAGGGAGCACAGAGUCAUCCUCGGGGAAUGGUGGAACGAGGAUCCGGUUCGUGUGAUCGAGCGGGCUUUGAGAACCGGGGCCGACCCCAAUGUCUCCGACGCCUUGACGAUCAACGGCCAGCCCGGCGAUCUUUAUAAAUGCUCCAGAAAAGAAACGACGGUGUUUCCGGUGAGGUCCGGCGAGACCAACCUGUUUCGGUUCGUCAACGCCGCCCUCAAUUCCGAGCUUUUCGUCGGCGUUGCUGGGCACUCGAUGACGGUGGUGGCGGCUGACGGGGUUUACGUGAAACACUUCAAUGCUACCGUCCUCAUGCUCGCCCCCGGCCAGACCACCGACGUCCUCCUCACCGCCGAUAGUCCCGCCGGAUGCUACUACAUGGCAGCACACGCCUAUGAAAGCGCGCGGGACACCACUUUUGACAACACCACCACCACCGCCAUUCUUAACUACCUAGAUCCGAAUGGAUACCCCUACGCGCCGCCGGCCAAGGUCGUCGCCAACCGUACCCGGAUGCCGGCCUUCCCUGUGCUACCGGACUUCAACGACACCUGCGCGGCCUACGCCUUCGCCUCCAGGUUCCGCAGCGCGGUCCCCGUGACGCUCCCCGGCCCCGUCGACCACCACCUCUUCUUCACCGUCGGCCUCGGGCUCUUCGACUGCCCGGUUGGGCAGGUCUGCAGGGGCCCCAACGGCACGAUCCUCACUGCCAGCAUGAACAACGUCUCCUUCCAGACCCCGACCUGCGCGUCCAUCCUGGAGGCCUACCUCGGCGGCGUGCCGGCGGUCUUCACCGCCGACUUCCCGGCGGUGCCUCCGGUGAGGUUCAACUACACGGCGGAGAGUGUGAGUCAGGAUCUGUGGCAGCCGACGGCGGCCACGAAGGUGUACCAGGUGAAGUACGGCUCUGUCCUGGAGGUGGUGAUGCAGGGGACCAGCAUCCUCACCAGCGAGGACCACCCGAUGCACAUCCACGGCUACCAUUUCUAUGUGCUUGCGACGGGGUUCGGAAACUUCGACCGGCGGCGAGACGCAGCGCGGUUCAACCUGGUGGAUCCGCCGCUGAGGAACACGGUGGGGGUUCCGGUGAACGGAUGGGCGGUGGUCCGAUUCGUAGCGGACAACCCCGGCGCUUGGCUAGUGCAUUGUCACCUGGAGGAUCACAUGUCGUGGGGGCUGGCCAUGGUCUUCCUCGUCGAGAACGGCGUCGGCGAGUCGCAGUCGCUGGAGCCGCCGCCAGCUGAUCUCCCGCUAUGCGUGUAG